AUGGGAAAUUCCAGCCCGUUGACAUAUCCGCGCGUCUUUUGGGUCUCAUCGCCCGACUUGGAAAACUGGUCUGCCCCAGUUUGGGGCGAUCCUUUCGGCAUCGACCCUCAUUUAUUCGCCGACCCGAAGUCCGGUAAGAACUAUCUGACCCUCAUGUCCCUCAACAACGACUACGACAGACUAUGGGGAAUCGGUCAGUGCGAAGUAGACUUGGUCACUGGCAAAUGCAUCGGUACAUUUGGGAACAUCUGGAACGGAACAUUGCCCGUGACCACAUCGACGCGUCCCGAAGGUCCAAAGCUCUUCUAUAAGGAACCGUACUAUUACCUUCUCAUCGCAGAGGGCGGCACUGGCAUUACACACCGCGCUACUAUUGCCCGGUCAGAUCAGCCGAAUGGCCCGUGGACGGCAUCGCCCACGAACCCUCUCAUUUUCAAUGGAAUCGAUACAAAUCUCACGAUUGGCGCUACUGGCCAUGCAACCAUGAUGGACACUCCCGAUGGCCGAUGGUUUGCAACGCUACUCGCCUAUAGAUAUGUCGGCCAAAAUCGCUGGGCAAUCGGCCGUGAAACCUUUUUUGCACCCGUCACUUGGGAAGAUGACUGGCCGACGAUGAAUGAUGGUCAAGUGCUGCUACUAAGCCAGAGCUUCGACUAUGGGCCAAAUCAGACGCGACCAGCCCCAGCAUACCAAGAUUUGUUCGAGGGCGAGGAGUUGGACAAGGGCUGGUAUCAGGUUCGGUCGCCUUAUACGCAAAAUUACCGUCUCAAAGGUGCUUCGUCGUCGGAUACUGUCAGCUUUGCGGCAAACAGUACUGCUGGGGUAGUGUUGCUGCCAAAUUCCUACACUCUGAGCGACCGCGAUACGCCAUCGGCGAUCCUGAGAAAGCAGAAGUCACUAAACAUGACUUUUACUGCGACCCUGUUGCCUAUUGAUGAGGGCCUUGGACCUUUCCAGUCAGUGGGGGUCACGGCGUAUGUGAGUGACCAGAAUCAUCAUGAUAUUGGAGUGCGUGGCUGUGCAAACACGACCGGUUUGUGUGUUUUCGUGGAUUCAACGGUAUCCUCCAGUGGUCCAGGCACCAGACCCAUGACUAUUGAAACAUCGCUUAAUGCUUCAGCGCUUUCAGAAGAACUGGAUUUGAUAAUCAGACCGAACUUCUUGACCUAUAGUCUGGGCUUUAACAGAGAAAAUGGCACCGUUACUUGGUUGCAAACAUUCCCCUCAAGCGACCUGCCCUCGGGAUUUGAUGGCGUCAUGUUUGGUUUGUUCGCGAGCGGCAACGGUUUUCCGUGGCCAUAUGAUGCACCAGAGGUUGGAUUCAGGAAGAUUCGGGAAGAAUACUACAACGAUGAUCUACCUGACUAUAUACAGUAA